AUGCUCUCUGUCGAGCUUGGCCUUGAUGAUUUCUCUGCCUCAAAUGGCUGGCUAGAUCGUUUCCAGAAACGGCACAACAUAUCCUGUUCUGUCCUGUCUGGUGAGGGGGCGUCAGUCAAUGAGGAGAUGGUCAACGACUGGUGUAGCCGUCUGGAGAGCAUGUGCGAGGGGUACAGUCUCAAAGAUAUUUUCAAUGCCAAUGAGACUGGCCUCUUCAAUCGUGCUCUCCCAACCCGCUCCCAAGUCAUUCGCAGUGACAAGUGCCACAGGGGCAAGAAUUCAAAGGAGAGGAUAACCGUGCUACUUGGCUGCAGUGCAAUGGGCAAGAAACACACACCCCUCGUCAUCAGUCGUGCUGCCAAUCCUCGAUGUUUCCGUGGCAAUUCGACGUCUUCACUGCCUGUCACCUACCAAGCCAACAAACGUGCCUGGAUGACAUCCACAAUUUUCAAAGACUGGCUCCAAAAACUGAACAACAAAAUGACUCUUGAGAAACGUAAAAUCAUAAUGUUUGUUGAUAACUGUGCUGCUCAUCCUGCUAUGACUUUGUCAAAUGUAAAACUUGUAUUUUUGCCCCCAAACACAACAGCUCGUCUCCAGCCUUGUGAUGGUGGAAUCAUCAAAGCCGUCAUAUCCACCUACAGGAAAAAACCUCUUUGCCACAUCCUCCUUAAGAUGAAUGAGGCUAGCACUGCUGCUGAUCUGGCCGGCAAGGGCACGGUGCUGGAUGCCAUAUCUUGGCUGAAGUAUGCCUGGGACUGUGUGCAGGCUGAAACCAUUCAGAAGUGCUUUGCACACUGUGGAUUCAUCUUUGCCACAGCUCCCACGGCCUCUGCUGAUGCCACAGAGACGGCUCCAGCCGAACUGCUGCUACUGCUUCAGGGGUCGUCAUGGGCAGAUUUUAUUGAGUGCGACAACGAGGUCACGGCAACGACGGAGGUGUUUGGUGUCGUGGAAACUGCCCCUGAGGUCGAGGAAGAAACAAAAACCCUAACAGCUUCUCACAUCUCGGCCCGACAAACUCUCACUUUGAAGAAAUAA